AACAGCUGGGCCGGCGUUGCCAGUUGCCAGGAAUGUGAGCCAAACGAGCGAAAAAAAAAAACUAAACAAAAAUGAAAUAAAAGAACAAUAAGAUAACUUCAUAGUAUUAUUAACCUAAACGACGCGGCGCGCACUAUGUAGCUGACUGCGAACGGCGGCGGUUGUCUUUCUUUUUGCACGAGUGGCGCGCCUCGCUAAUGUUUACAUUCCGCACCGAUACAAACAACAACAAAAGGCAAUAACAAUGCACCAAUACGAAGUUUUAGCCAAUAAAAUAAAUGUACGCGAAGCGGCGAAAAUAUUCAAUUUUCAUUAAACGAAAAGACAAAAACAACAACUGCAGCAGCGGCAACCCAGCACACAGACUCACACACACACACACAGAAGCACCUGAAUUCCAAUUUAAACAAGCAAAAACAAAAACAAAACACAAAAUAGGAACCAAAAGAGCAACAAGAAUUCAAGCAAGAAGCGCUAAAGAGAGGGAAAGAAAGUAAAGCUUCAAGUGAAAAUCAGGCCAAAGCGAUUCUUUUUUUUUCUGUAUUUUGUUGUUGUGUGUGCACAAGAAUAACAAAUGAAACCUGAACACAGUCCAAAAAUCAAGUGAAGAAAUAUCGAAAAAGGCCCCCUCCUUCGCCCCCUCUAGCACCCGCCAAAAUGGAAUUUCUGGAGAAUUUAUUUAAAACACUGCAGAGCCUUUUGUCCUCCUACAUCGAUCUGGAUUAUUCACUAUGGCUUUAUCGUUUCUUGACCCCGCUAAUCGUCACCUUUCUGCUGCCACUGGUCUUCGUGGCCCUCAUCUACAUUUCCUUCCUCGUGCUCUUCAUCUACAAGUUGCACAGACAAGUCAUUAUGCGAGCUGUCCAAACGGAUCGCAACUUUUGGCGUGUUGGCCGCAAAAUUGUGGCUGCCAUUUGGGAUGCACACGCCCGGAUCUAUCACGGCUACGAGGUAAUCGGACUGGAGAACAUACCCCAGGAGGGUCCAGCGUUGAUUGUCUAUUACCACGGAGCCAUACCGAUCGACAUGUACUAUUUGAACUCACGGAUGCUGUUGCAGCGCGAACGCUUGAUCUAUACGAUCGGCGAUCGGUUCCUGUUCAAGUUGCCCGGUUGGGGUACCAUUUCGGAGGCCUUUCACGUCAGUCCCGGCACCGUGCAGUCAUGCGUGAGCAUUCUGCGGGAUGGCAAUCUAUUGGCCAUCUCACCGGGCGGCGUUUAUGAGGCCCAAUUCGGUGAUCAUUACUACGAGCUGUUGUGGCGCAAUCGUGUCGGUUUCGCCAAGGUGGCCCUCGAGGCCAAGGCACCCAUAAUACCGUGCUUCACACAGAACCUGCGCGAGGGCUUCCGGCAGGUGGGCAUCUUUCGGAAUUUCUUUAUGCGGCUGUACAACAAGGUGCGCAUACCGGUGUAUCCCAUCUAUGGUGGAUUUCCGGUCAAGUUUCGUACAUAUCUGGGCAAACCGAUACCGUACGACGAGAACCUAACGGCCCAGGAUCUGCAGGUUAAGGUGGCCACCGCUAUUGAGGAUUUGAUCAAUCAGCAUCAGAGGCUGCCAGGCAGCAUUUUGAUGGCACUACUGGAUCGUCUGCCUUCCUUUAGGCGCUCAAAGAGCGGCGUCAAGAACAAGAAUGAGUAGUGAACCGAGGUCUAAAUCUAUAUCUAGAUGGUACCUUCCCCCCUAGUUAAUCCCAUUUCCAUAUAGAGUAUAUAGAGAGAUUAACAGAUUGACUUUGGUUUUUGGCCAUAUAAAGACUUUGGUUCCCAUGUGUACUUCAUAGUGUGUGUAUAGGCAGCGCCAUAUAUACUUACAUAUAACUAUAUAUAUCUCUGUAGAUCGUGCAUAUAUAUAUAUGAUUUUUUUUAUUGAUUUUGUAAAUGCUUACCCUUUUAUAUAUAUAUUUUUUUUAAUUUUAUAACUGAAUCCUUAUCGUUCAAUCCCCGACACGUACUUUAAAGUGUACAAAUCUUCACGUAGAUCGUAUAAACUUUUAAUUAGCUUUAAAAAUUAAGACAAAAUAAAGUGUCACUAAAAACCCGCCCCACCCCAAAACCUUCCCCCUUCCCUUCUUCCAGACUUGAGUCAAACAAAAACAAGAACACCGAACAAAGAAAUUAUUUCUACCUUAAACUCUUUUUUUUUCAUUUUUAUAACAAAGACAAAUACCUUAAAUACUGUUUUAUUUUCUUCUUUUUUGUUUAAUCGUUCUCUUUAUUUUCCUUUUUUUUUGGUAGUCUCUUUAAACAAUUAAAUAUAAUUAGUUUUGCCUUAAGUGAUUUCGUGCAUCUAUAUAUACAUUUACAUAUAUAUAUCUCAUUUUUGUACCUUUUUUAUGAAACAAACAAAAAACAAGCAAAAAGUACAUAUUUUUCUGCCUCUGAGUGUGCUUGUGUGUCUGUCUGUCAGUGUGUGCGAUUGUGUGUGUACUAUAUAGUUAAGAAAAAUCGUGUAUAAUAAUAUAUGUAUAAAUAAAUAGCAAUAAUAUCGGAGUACUUCAUGUUCGCUAAUUAUAAAAAAAUUAACACAGGAAUUACCACCAAUUGAAAACAGAAAUAAAAAUGUUGAA